GGUAUCAGCAUCUUCAAUAUAUCGUUUGUAGCAUCCACAUUCCAUUCAGAAUUGAACAUUAUUAUUAUUUUAGAGCGACAUUCAUCCGAGAUGUGAACCACCAUGCUGUGAAUCCACAGUCCUUGUGGAGGAAACAGAGUCGCUAGUAGCAUCAUGCGUUGUUAGCGGAACGGUCGCUGAGCUGCAGCCGCUCUCCUCUCCUCUACCACCGGUCACCUCCGCCCUGUAGCCGCGAUGCCAGUCUCUCUGCUCUCGCUUUUCGCCGUCCUGCUGGCAGCUGUUUUGGCUGUAGGAGACCCGGAGGGACCCGCUGAUGUCGACGGAGCUCCACCUUCAAAAAUAGCGGUGGUCGGGGCAGGGAUAGGAGGCAGCGCCACGGCCCAUUUCCUACGGCAACACUUUGGCCCGGAAGUCCAGGUGGACGUGUUUGAGAAGGGUGAAGUGGGAGGACGUCUUGCCACUGUAACUGUCAAUCACAAUGAUUAUGAGUCUGGAGGCUCCAUCAUUCACUCCCUCAACCUCCACAUGCAGGAGUUUGUCAAACAGCUGGGUUUAAAGUAUCGACGCAGUGUGGCGGGAAAGACGGCAGUUUUCAACGGUGAAGAGAUGAUUCUGGAGGAGACGGACUGGUACCUGCUGGACCUUUUCCGGCUGUGGUGGCGCUACGGCAUCAGCUUCAUACGCUUGCAGAUGUGGGUGGAGGAAAUUAUGGAGAAAUUUAUGAGGAUCUACAAGUACCAGGCCCACGGCUACGCCUUCAGCUCGGUGGAGGAACUGCUGGACUCGCUCGGAGGCAGCGGCUUCAUCAACAUGACCCGGAGGCCACUCUCUGAUUCGCUGCUGGAGCUGGGUGUGUCGCAGCGCUUCAUCGAUGAGGUCAUCGCACCUGUCAUGAGAAUCAACUACGGACAGAACGUCAGCAUCCCUGCCUUUGUAGGCGCUGUGUCUUUAGCUGGUGCCCAGAACAACCUGUGGGCGGUAGAAGGAGGCAACAAGCUGGUGUGUUCUGGCCUGUUGAAGAUGGCUGGUGCUAACCUGCUACAGGCUCACGUCAACUCCAUCUCCCCCGUCCACUCAGGGGAGGCGCUACAGUACCAGCUGAGCUUCACUACGGCAGCAGAGACGGGAUCAGAGCUGUAUGACAUCGUAGUGCUGGCAACGCCACUCCAGGCCAGUGUUGAAUCUGGACUCCAGUUCCAAGGUUUCGCACCUCCCUUUGACGAGCUACCCGGCAACUAUCACAGCACUGUAGCAACCAUCGUCCACGGCUACCUCAACACCUCUUUCUUUGGUUUCCCGGACCCACGUCUGUUUCCCUUCGCCAGCGUCCUGACUACUGAGUCGCCUGAUCUGUUCUUCAACAGCAUGGCCAGCGUUUGUCCAGUCAAUAUCUCAGCAGGAUUCAGACGUAAGCAGCCACAAGAAGCUGGAGUCUACAAGGUGUUCUCACCACAACCGCUGGACAAGUCUCAGCUCAAAACACUGUUCAGGUCGUACUACUCGGUGCAGGUGACGGAGUGGCAGGCCUACCCUCGCUACGGCAGCAGCCAGGGACUGCCUCCAGUGGAGAUCCACCCCAAUCUUUACUACCUCAACGGCAUCGAGUGGGCCGGCAGCGCCAUGGAGAUGAGCUCAGUGGCUGCUAAGAACAUCGCCCUGCUGGCCUACCACCGCUGGAACAGACAGACGGACAUGGUGGACCAGAGGGAUCUGAUGCACAGGAUCAAGACUGAACUUUGACCUGGUCACCCAAGACGCUGCUCAGCAAAGAAAGUAUGUGAGGAAGGAAAGAGUUUCUGAGUAACUGUGGAACAUGUGACUCUACUGAAAUUUGAGCCAGAACAUAACAUGGUGCAAAUUUUUAGAGUGAGCCUUUUGAGUAUUCUCCAGAGUAUUUUGGACACAUCCAUGUAACAUAUUGCUACGUACAUCUAAUACACCGAAUCAGUGAGACACAAUUUGACCCAGCAUUCUCCAGAAUAUGAUCAAAAACAAAACCCAAAUCAAGUCGUUUUGAAGGCACCAUGAAAGACAAAUGUGGUCCUGCACUUCUGUCCAAAGGCCAGUUUGAUUUUGCUGGUACUUUCAAUCUGUGAGCCAGUAGCACUGCAGAUAAAUGAGACAUGUUGCAGUUUUGGUUUGGGAUCCGUUGCCAGUGUUAAUUGGUAGUUUCAUCCAAAAAUUCUGCCGCAGGAAGCUUUGCUUUGCCAAGAAAUAAGAAAACCAAGCAACCAGCUGAUGUAUAUUGUGGAUAGUGAAUGGACUGCUAGGAGGCGGUUUGUUAAGUUGAAGUCUGAGGUUCUGCUACUGCUCUGUGUAAAUAAAUGAUCCCGAGUCCAAGCCAAGACAAAAUACACAAAAUAAAACAACACAGCUUUCAGAUAUGACAGAAAUCAGUGCAGUCACUGAUUUAACUCCACUUUUAGUCUGUCAUCUAAUCAGAACUGCAGCACUUUCUGUAAACCUAAGGACUGUUAAUGGACUUUCUGUUGGCACCAGUGAGAUCUCAUUAAAGUAAUCUCAGUGGGAUUUUUGUAAAUUAAUAAAAUAAUUAUUCAGUGACUCACGGUGGUGGCCACUGGUGCUAUGCUCUAUUGCCCCUUUCAUCAGACUAUUUCAUUAUCUCCCCUUCCUGCUGCUUUUGUUGCGUAAUCCGGCGGAAAGAAUUUUUUUCAGGGAAUGGAGCCAAACGGCUUUCACACUGGACUGAAUAAACGCAGAAGACGAUGACACUUGUUAUUUCCCCUUUUCUCUCAAGCCUUAAAGCCUUGUUGAGAUCCGGCUUUUCUAUUAGGGAUGGUAAUCUUGCACAAACAUGUAUGAAGAUGGAGUUGGACACUCACUUCCAGAAAUGGCAAGAAUGGCGACACAACAAGAAACCAAUGACAGUUGAUUAAACUUGUAAGAGGAAAUGCCUUGUUUUACUAUGUAUUUAUAACAGAUGUGGACUAAAGUGAAUUCAGAAAAACCUUAAAAUUUGUGAACUGAAAACCUCCAAAGGGCUGCAGUUGAUGGAUAAUGUAAUUGUGUGAAGUGGUGAGAAAUUACCAUGUCUUUUUAACAGGAAGGACCUGUUUUAAAACUCCGUUGUGGUCGAGCUGAAAUGAAGACGACUUAUCUUUAAGGUCCGAACAGCCGACUCCUCUCUGCUUUCUAUUAAAGGCUUCAAGGUCAGUGGCAGCUUCUGUAUGUAGAACAACCAAAUAUUUAUAGCAAUAUUGCCUUCAUGAUAUGUGAUUCAAAAAAACAAUAAUACACAAUUCAAAUGCAGAAAAAACAAUCCCAACUCAAAGGUCACUUUUAGAAGCUUUCAUGUAUCACACAGUUCGUUCAGUUUUCAUUAAGCUGGAUCCCAAAGCACCUUUUAGGUUUCUCAUGUGUGACGGCUAAAGGUUGUUCAGAGUAGUGGGAUAUGGUUGAAAGUUCCAGAUAAGAGUACAUUCUGAGUCGGGAUUAUUUUAUCAAGCUAGUUUUUUCUGGGUCUGAGUGGCUCUUGAGUACAAAUUUUAAUAUAAAGAAAUGUGAAGACAUUUAUAAUUGUAUUAUUAGCUAAAAUAAAGGUGGAGUCUAAAUAUAUUAAAAGGGAGUUGGGGGAGCGGUAGGUGAAGUACUUUCAACAGUGUAAAAGUACUUCAUUACAAGUGAAAGUCCCGCAUUUAAGUAUCAUCAGCAAAAUGUACUUGAGUUUAAAAGUAAAAGCACUGCAAUAAAAUGCCCUCUGUGACUGAUAUGACAUUAAUACUGAUGAGUUUGUGUGUAUAAAGCAUUUUAUUGUUACAGCAGGUGGAGGUGGAGCUCAUUUCAGCUGUUUCACAUAUACGUUUUUCAAAUGUUUCUUUAAUUUAUGUUUUGUCUUUUUUGAGAUCUCAAAUCAUUUUACCUCUUUGGACCUAAUGGAUUGUCAAAGAAAUCAUAUUAAACAUUUUAGAGUAAAUAUCUCUUAAGUGGAACAACAUUAAGCAGAUUGCUGAACACUGAUUUUUUUAUUGUUUUGUUUUUUUGUGAGAGAUUAUAAGCAAAAAUGUUUUUGAUAACCACUGAAAUAUGCAUUAAUAUUGUGGCAAAUACAGUUUUUUAAUGUAAGAUGUUUGCUUCCAAACAGCAGUGAGAGAAAUGAGGAAAAAAAAUACAAUAUUUUUCUCUGAAAUGUGAUGGAACAGAAGCAUAAAGUGGCAUGAAACAGCAAUUGAGUUAGAUAUUACAACAUCUUAAGUGUUCACUCUGAACAUGUGGUUACAUUUUAAAAGCUUGAAAUGUUUGCUUCUGUAUCUAGUAACAGAAGUGUGAUUUUUAUGUAAACUACAGACUCAAAACAUGUUUGACUUUUAUAAAUAGUAUCUUGACAAAUCGUCCUAACUCAAGGUCCUCUUGCUAGUUUUUUGUGGAAGUUUCCACUGCAACUCUGCAUCCUCUCAUUCAAUCUUCAGUUAUCCUAGAUCGACAACCUGAAACAGAGCAAACUCCAUCUGCUGAUAAGGAUACCGACACGCGUCAAACAGUUUUUGUGUGACUGUUUACUUCUAACCAAGCAAAUUUCUGCAAAGCAUGUACGAACAUAUUGUAUUUUACGUCCUUGAUGCAUACUAUAGCAGCAGUUUUAAUGGUGUGGAUUUUUCUGACUGUUAAUAAAAUAAAACUAAUAGCAUUUUAUUGGA